UUUAUUAGGAAGAAGAGGAAAACGACGCAUCAAUCUGAAUCAGAUCUGCCUCAGGGCUCCGGAGAAUCAUGGCGGCGGCGAGACAGCUACGCGCUCUCCAAUCCCACCCCGAAAACAAAGUCUGCGUCGACUGCGCACAGAAGAAUCCGCAAUGGGCCUCCGUCUCAUACGGAAUCUUCAUGUGCCUGGAGUGCUCCGGCAAGCACCGGGGCUUAGGCGUCCACAUCUCCUUCGUCAGAUCCGUCACCAUGGACUCGUGGUCCGAGAUCCAGAUCAAGAAGAUGGAAGCCGGAGGCAACGCGCGGCUCAACAGCUUCCUCUCGCAGUACGGAAUCGCCAAGGAGACGGAUAUCAUCUCCAAGUACAAUUCGAACGCCGCCUCCGUGUAUCGCGAUCGGAUCCAGGCCUUGGCUGAAGGAAAGGCCUGGAGCGAUCCGCCUGUUGUUAAGGAAGGAGUGCAUAAGAAGCCUCCGUUGGCGGCUCAGGGCGGUGGCGGUGGAGGAUGGGAUAGUUGGGGGAAUGAGGAUUCGUAUAGAUCUGAUAUGAGACGGAAUCAAUCGGAGAAUGAUUUUAGAGGAUCUGGAGGAGGAGGAGGAGGUGGUGGUGCACGUGCCAAGUCGAAGUCGUCGGAGGAUGUGUACACGAGGUCGCAGCUUGAGGCUUCUGCUGCUGGGAAGGAGAGUUUCUUCGCGAGGAGGAUGGCGGAGAAUGAGUCUAAGCCUGAAGGGCUUCCUCCUUCGCAAGGAGGGAAGUAUGUUGGGUUUGGAUCGAGCUCGGGUCCUGCGCCGAGAAGCAAUCAGCAGGAUGAUGUUUUCUCUGUUGUUUCUCAGGGGUUUGGGAGAUUGUCUAUGGUUGCUGCAUCUGCAGCUCAGUCAGCUGCGAGUGUUGUUCAGACAGGAACCAAAGAGUUCACUUCCAAGGUGAAGGAAGGUGGGUAUGAUCACAAGGUGACCGAAACUGUAAAUGUAGUAGCGACUAAGACAACAGAGAUAGGGCAUAGGACAUGGGGGAUCAUGAAAGGGGUAAUGGCAAUUGCGACACAGAAGGUGGGAGAGUACACUAAAGAAGGAACAACUAGCUGGAAUCAGCAUAAUGAAAGUGAGAGCAACGGUUACUACCAGAACUAUGGAAGUGGGAAUAAGGAAGCAAAUCCAUCUGCCGGAGGAGGAGGAUCACAGUUACCAUCAACUGGUCAUUACAACAAUUCGCAAAAGUCAAAUUCAUGGGACGAUUGGGGAGAGAAUGAGACUCCGAAGAAGAACGAAGCAGUAGCUCCAAAGGGGUCAUCUGCUUCUAAUGAUGACGGUGGCUGGACCGGUUGGGAUGAUGGAUUUGAUGGUCAUUACCAAAGUGCGGACGACAAGAAAUCUGUUGGUCACAACGGGAAACCAGACACAGCUUGGACUGGUGGAGGUUUUCUUUAAAGGUAACCAAUGUUGUGUAAGCUCCAUAGCCGAUUGUUUUUGCUAAAGAUUCUCACAAUUUUAAUUUAUAUUCAACUGUAAUCACAACCAAACAUUCUUUUUUCAUUCCCCAAAACUGUCUUUCUUGUUCGUA